UAAAACUAGAUUUCAUUUUCAAAAUGAGACAAAUUACAUUUGUACUGUUGUGCACUUCCAUUUUAUACUUAAAUUUUGGUUCCUGCUAUGACAACAGAGCGAACAAGCUUGGGGACGCCUUGAAGAACAGUACGAGCACCAACAUAUUCAACAGCAACAACAACAACAAUGACACAAAGAACAUGGACGAGGAAGACAAUAUUUUAAAGAUAGAAGCACGAAAGAAAUUGAAGGAAUGCGGCGUGGACGUUUCGGAUGAAGACGACAGAGGCAAUAGGCACAAUGAAGAUCGUCAAAUUAACAAGAACAGGAACAACAGACGAAGAAACAAAAAGUCUCGCAACAAACACAAUUACGAUAACUUCGGAAAUAACGAGAAAGAUAACUCCGACAACGACUACGACUUCUCCGGUUAUGGCGACUCAUCCAGGAACCGCAAUAGGAAAAACAGGCUCAGCAACUCGAACAGGGACGAGGACUACAAUCCUUAUAAGUCCUACAGCAACGAAGAUGAUAAUGAAGACAACAGAAAUCGGAACGACAAAAAGAACAACCGUCAGCGUUUCGGACAGAAUCGUUACAAGGGUAGACACGAUGACGACAAUGAAUCUUCUGAGGAGGAAAGCGAAGAGGGAUCAAGUGAGGAGGGCUCGAGGAACAAUCGACAUAAUGACAAACAUGAGCGACGACACGACAGCAGAUAUGGAAGAAACAGAAGUAACAAACACGAAUACAGCAACGACGAGGAUUGUGAAGAAAAUAGUCGUGGUGGUGGUAGGAAAGGUGGUGACUCCCGUUAUGGUGGACGAAUGAAUGAUAGAAAUGAAGGCACUGGAAGAAAUGACAAUCCGUAUGGUUACGGCCAAACAAAUUACCGCGGAAAUGGUUACGACUAUGGAACAAGCAAUGACAGGUUUGGCAUUAGUUACAUGAGGCAAAAACGAUCAAACAAUGAUAACAACAAUGAUCAUGAGUGUGUUAGUCAGUGUGUUUUUGGGUACUUGGAAGUUUUAGAUGAUUCAAGAUCACCUUCUGAAACAAUGGUAAUAAAAUGGUUGCAAGAUAAUAUACCAAACAAUGACUUAAAACGGAUUAAAGCACUUAGAGAAGCUCGAAGAUGUUUUGCCAGAAUUUCUACAACAGAAACCGAAGAUGGAUGCGAGUUUUCUACUGCGCUCUCCAAAUGCCUCGAACUAGAUUUAGAAAAAUAAAUACUGUUAUUAACGAUUUAAUGAGCAUAUAAUUUUAUUUAAUAUCCUGAAUUUAUAAUGAUUUGUGUAUUAAUUAAAGGAACAACACACAAUAAAUCAUAUGAAAUCUA